CUUAGGUGGAGUUUUCUACGAAUGUUUUUUGCAAUUUACUUACUCAAGAAGCUAAAGUAAGAAAGAAAUCAUCGAUACUCUCUGCCUCAUUUGUCUCUCUGUCUCUUUACGAAUCCAAGUUCGUUCCGCAGCCUCACACUUUCUUGCAUCGAUUUGAAGAACAGACAUGCAAGAACCCGACACCGAACCGCUCGCGGUCACCGAGAUCGACGAUGUCGUGUUGAACCUAGUGCGGGACGCGUUGCGUGAAGUGGAUGAGUUUUGUGCUCUGGUGGACCAGAAAGUGCCACCAGGCCAGACGUCGACGAUCCGACCGACUCCGGAGUGGAAAGAAAUAGUGGAGCGCUCUGCAGCUCGUCGAAAUGGAGCAUUAAGGAAGAGCCUCGUCAUCGCAAGAGACGCGGCUGAAAAACGUAAACACACAAACCACAUAUUCGCACCUAGUGCAGGCAGUAGUACCACUGUGGAGGCGGAUCUGUCUUCUUGGAUUCUUCGCGUGAAGUUUGCGGCUUCUGGAGCCUUUUGUCGGGAACUAGCAGAUGGUGUCAUUGACCUGAAUAUAUACAUCGAAAACGAAGAAAAGGGCAAAGAGCUGCACAACAUCGGAGUUUUCGGUAAGUGGGACGGCGGCGCCGUUGCUUUACUCCAGGAGAAAAAAAAGGAACUGCAGCAAUUAGCAAGGAAGUUGAACAAGAUUUUGGACGAGCGCCUUUUUGAGUCUCGUUCGAAGUACUUGUCUUAUCUCGACCGCUCCGUAUCGGGAUGUUUUGCUCUUAUGUUCGACCCAUGCGUAAAAGCAAGACCCAAGUUGGUGCUGUCUGCGGCAGCAGCAACAAGCAGUAAAGAAACAAGAAGGAAGAGAAGCACUACCACCUCUACCACCAGCAGUAGCAGUAGUGCAGCGAAUGCCAGUGGAAGCGGUGCUGGAUCUUCGUCCCUUGCUGCUGCCUCGUCAUCUUCUACGGAUAAUGAUCGCCCAGUAAUAGAUGCCAACGCAACAUCAACUUCAACAACUAAUCGUGUUAAUGUGCCUACCAUCCAAACCAACCACGCAAGUACCGAAACGGACCGAAUUGAAACCCGGAAUGUGCGCAUCGGAACUGAUCGGGUUGUGACGCGGAAUCCCAGUGUUCCGAUUCAGACCAGAAACACGGGCUGUGGAACAGGUUCCACUGCGCAUGUGCGAAACACAGGUACGGAUCCGAUCUGCGAUGUUGAUGGUGUGGAGGGUGGUGACGGCGACAUGAAGGAGCAGGACGAUGACAACCACGACGACGAGAACGACGACUCCGCGGCGGGGACGCUGGCUGUGGAUUCGGAAACCUUCUGGACCCGUGUCUUCAAUUUUCAGUGGUUGAACACUUACGCCUUCGGGUUCUGGUCCGGGAUCGUCUUGUCGGUACUGAUCGUUUUGUUCGUUCCCGCUCUGGUGAAUCCCGCGCCGUCGUGUCCCACUCCGGAACCAGCAAACGAGGCCGAGUUCUCCAAUGCCGACCCUUCGACCGAUUCCGGUAGCUCCGUGUUUCAGUACUUGCUGAGUGCUGCUGGAUUUGAACAGUAAGCACCCACAGCAAUCUUGCUUGAAGGGUUUCCGUUUCGUUGUCUAAUAGCUUUUCAUCAGCGGGUUAGGAGAUUAAUUGCAGUUGCUGCGAGAUGAAGUCAAUGAGAUCGAUACACUCUCGCGUUGAAUUUGAAAAAGAAAAACUACUUUCACUUUAUUGCAGACACCACACGACCGUAACCAGCUCGAUUUAUCAAUGAACAGAAUGAAGUCACAAAUUUUCGCGGCUUGAGAUGAAAAAACGAUCGUGAUCGUCUUGUUAGACGUCAUCUAGUCACAAACUAACAACAACUUUCGGUUUUAUUCAAUAUCUUAUCAGUUUCAGUUGCAUUAUUGACGUACUUUUCAUAGAAUCGGAAUGUCGUUCGUUGUGUACAAAAUUAGAAAAUGCUUCAGCGCUACCCCCGCCCUUCACUAACUGAAACAAGCAGAAAAUUCAAUACUAGAUUUCGUAUGGAGAGCCAAAUUUUCCCUUCCUGAUUCCUUCUCCAGCCGAGGUAGAGC